AUGGUCAUUAAUCAGAAUUUUAAAAGGCAUCUUUCAUCAAUAUCAUCAUCCUCAUCCUCCUCUUCUACAUUUUCAUUAUCAUCUGCAUCAUCCCAGCACCAAAAGAAACGACAUAAACAAGCAAAGAGAAUAGCAGAAAUGCUUUUUUCAUCAUCAGGUUCAGCUAAAAAACAAAAAGAUCAAAAUCAGAGUUUAAACUCUUCUCCAAAUAAUUCAAGACCAUGUUCACCAAAUCUUUACUCUUUUACUCAAGAUGUUGUACCAAACUUCACUGGACGUAGACGCCGAGAGAGCGCCUUUGAUAUUAAUAAUAUUGUCAUUCCUUGUUGUAUAGUACCAGCCAUAAGGGUGGAGAAACUUCAGUAUAAAGAAAUAUUAACACCCAAGUAUGUAUUUAAAAUUGAAUGUGAUUACAAAUACAUAUCAAAACUUCUUGAGUAAUUUGAUAAUUUUAUGUAUAUUAAUCAGUUUUAAAGUAAGGUAUGCUCUAAUAUAUAUU